AUGUCUGAUCAAUAUCAGAACAUCUGCUUCGACGACACGCUUUCGAUGAGUAGCCACUCUAACGACAACUACGGCAUAACUAACGAACCUCAGCAACACACCGAAUCUCCCUUUGCCUCUCCGCUGGAGCAUGACCAAGCAUAUCAUUUAAGUCCAUACACUCCAUAUACGCCAUUUCUCCCUACCACAACUCCAACUGCGACGCCUCGCAUAAGCGGUCUUCCCCUCGGAUCAAAUUUAUCUGACUAUCCACAAUUUCAGGACUUUGGCAUUUUCGGUGGCGACGACGAAACGAUUGUUCCUCAACCAACAGAAAACCUAAUAUACGAACAACCCGGGGUUACGUCACCAGCUAUCGGUAGUGAACUUUUGGGAAUCUAUUCGUCGCCUGCAUUAACGACGACGUUAAACACACCGGUAACCGAAUUCAUACCUUGCACACCCGCUUGCCCUCCUAUAGCUUCCGUAUACAAUACACCGUUAUUUUCAGUCUUGAAUACCCCUGCUAUACCGCAAACACCUUACUUUGACAACACCCCCCUCUGGGAACCAAGUCCGGUAUUCUCAAACGUCGCUACUCCAAUUUCUGUACGCAUUGACAAUCAUUUACCACCAAGCGUACCAAGCAGCUAUCCUCAAGAAAUCGACUGGUCUAUAACCGAAGAUUCGUUCAAACCAGAAAUAGAAUUACAAUUUGCCAAACUCGAAAGUAUCACCUACAGCGAAGAUCAACCUAAUUUCGUGGUGAUGUCGAACAUAUUACCAGACCUCGAUUCAGCAAAAUGCUCCCCUGAAGUUCAAAGCACCAUCGACUCUGGUUCCGAAUCAACGAUAACUACUCAAGUCGGCGAUAAUAAUGUCGGACAAGCACAAACAAACGCUCGCUCCACAACACCAAGACCAAUCCGACCUCGUCCUCCAGAUGACGAAGACUCUCAAAAUCAAAUGAAACGUCAUAAGAAUGACAUGGAAGAGGAUGAUGAUGACACUGGCACAGGAGAAAAGAAACAGUUUGCUUGUUCCAAGUGUGAUAAACGAUUCAGCCGAAAGUUUAAUAUGCAGACGCACGAACUAACGCACGACACAAAUCGAAUCAAACCGUUUGCUUGCGAACAUCCGGGCUGUGCAUCUAGAUUCACAAGAAAGCAUGACUUGAAACGGCACGUCAACGGUAUACAUAAGGGGGAGAAGGUGCAUUUGUGUACGGCUUGCAAAAAGCCUUUUAGUAGAAAAGACGCAUGGAAGAGGCAUCAAAGCGGUUGUACCAGGUAA